AUGUUACUAGAAUUGAUCACAAGACACGACUCCUCAUGUCCCCACGAUUUUUUUUUUUUUGAUUUACCGCGGAAGAUUUCUGGAGAAAUAUUAAUCCAUUUCAACAUAGCAAUUAUUAAAACUAAUCCAACCAUGGAAAGAACACCAUUAUUACCAUCUUCCUCAAUUCAUCAUGAACAUUCGCAUGCACAUACUCAGCGACUUUUGACAUCAUGGCACACAUCUAUGAUAUCUAUUGGUGGUUUAAUUGGAACGGGAUUAUUUAUUGGAGUAAGAGUUACCCUUCUUAAUGGACCAAUCAUAAGUCUUUGUUCAUAUAUUUACAUUAGUUUGAUUUGCUAUUAUAUUAUCCAAGCAGUUGGAGAAAUGUCUAUUUAUAUGCCAUUAAAUGGUUCACUAUGUCAAUUUAUAUUCAAAUAUAUAUCUGAUCCAGUUGGGGUGGUAACAAAUUUCAUAUAUUGGAUCAGUUGGUCAAUCACUUUAGCUUUGGAAUUAAGUUUGAUAUAUAACAUACUUGCAAAUUUCAAAUUACAAUUUAUUGAACAGAAUGAAACAUUGGUGAUUUUCCUCAUGUGGUUGGCAUUGACUGUGGUUAAUCUAUUGCCAGUUAAUAAUUAUGGAAAUGUUGAGUUUGUGAUCACUAUAUUUAAAGUAUUUUUCAUGAUUGGUUGGAUCUGUCUAAGUGUAAGUUUAAUUAUAUAUCAAGGGGAUGGAUUCAAGUAUUGGAAUAAAGAAUUAAUAUGGGGGAUAGAUUAUAUUAAAGUUGUUAAAAACCCAAUUGGAUCAAAACUUAUAAAUAUUUUAUCAUCAUUAGUAUCAUCAUGUUUCACAUUCCAAUCAAUAGAAUCAAUUGCAAUUUGUUCAGGGGAGAUCAAAGAUAUUAACCAAAAUCUUCCAAAGGCUAUCAAAUAUGUUGUACUGAGAAUUGUGGUAUUUUAUAUCUUUACAUUAUUCUUACUUACCAUGAUGAUCCCAUGUAAUGAUCCGAGAUUAACAUCUGAUGAUGAUGGGAUUUUUGCAUCACCUUUCAUAUUAGCAUUAAGUAAUUUGAAUUCUAAUGGUUAUUUUUUAUUUGCUUUCAACUUCAUCAUCUUACUUUCUAUGAUCUCAGCAGCUAAUAGUAAUAUUUAUUUUGGAUCCAGAUGUUUAUUAUCCAUGGUUGAAGAGGAUUAUUUUCCAAAAGCAUUUGCCAAUACUAGUAAUCAUGGAGUACCAUAUAAUGCUGUAUUAUUGACAUCAAUCAUUGGUUUGAUUUCAUUAUUUUCCAAAUUUAAAUCUAUUGAUGCAUUUUACAAGUUGUUGAUUAAUCUCAGUGCUACUUCUGGUCUAGUCAUGUGGUUAUGCAUUCUGAUUGCCUAUUUGCAAUUCAGAAAAGCAUUGAACUAUAAUUCUCUUGUAUAUGAAAAGUUAUCAUAUGUUGCUAAUUAUCCGAUGAUAUUAUUCAGUUACAUAACAAUAGCAAGUAUUAUUGUGAUCAUAUUGGGUAAUGGGAUUGUGAACAUUUGGAAAUUUAGUUGGGACUCAUUUAUUAGCUGUUACUUAACUCUGAUAAUGAUGAUAAUUGGUUGCUACUCAUUGAGCUUAAUUUGGAAGCAACCUUUACUAAAACCUGUUGAGCAGGUUGAUGUGUUUACUGAUCAAUCCCCAUUUGCAUUUAAAUAG